AUGUAUAUUUCGCGAAAUAUACAGAUUUAUAAUAAUCGUACACAACUUUCAGAACGUCCUCCACAUUUUCCUUCAUAUCCGCAAUAUGAACGUUUUCAAACUGCUGUGCCUUUUUAUCAAAAACAAAUGUUUUGGGUUUAUACUAGCGCAGUGGGAGGACUUGGAGGAAUAUAUUAUGUGAGUCAUUUAGAAACUGUACCAAUUACUAAAAGACGAAGGUUCAUUGAUAUCACCCCAAAGCAAGAGGAGAAAAUGGCACAGCAAGCAUAUCAUGAGAUUAUGACGCGAUAUGGCAAAAAUAUUUUACCACCUUGGGAUAGUCGAACGAAAUUUGUAAGAAAAGUUGCUCAACAAAUUGUAAGAGUAAGUGGAAUGCAAGAAAAAAAUGCUUUUGUACUUCCUGGUGGCAAAGUUUUCGUAUUUACAGGAAUUUUACCUAUUGUUAAAAAUGAAGAUGGACUAGCUGCAGUUUUAGGACACGAAAUUGGUCAUCAAAUUGCGCGUCAUAGCGCUGAGAAACUUUCUUUUGUAAAAAUUAUAUUUUUAGCUCAAUUGUUCCUUAGUAUAUUUAUGGAUCCUGGUGUUCUUGCUCGACUCUUUAUGGAGUUUGGUCUUAUGUUGCCUUUUUCGCGGAAAUGCGAAAUAGAAGCAGAUUAUAUUGGACUUUUAUUGAUGUCUCAAGCUUGCUAUGAUCCUAGGGAAGCAUCUAAAAUUUGGGAACGAAUGAGCGUUGCUCAAAAAGGUUCACCACCUCAAUUUUUGAGUACGCAUCCAGCUAAUGAAUCAAGGAUUCAUAAAAUCCAAAAAUGGAUGCCAGAAGCAUUACAUAAAAGGGCAGAAAGCGAUUGUGUACACGAGUAUGCAGGUUUUAUGGAUACAAUGCAACACUUUAGAGGACAAUGGGUUAGAUGGUAG